AAUUGCAAAUGGCGCUCAGAGUGUUCGCAAUGACAUUGACUUCGUUAACAGAAAUUAUAUUUGAAAAAAUAUAGAUUAUCCCUCGGUUGGAGGUUGAACAAAAUUGCAAUAUGUUAUACAAACAGAAUGUGUGCUUGCAAUAACUUCCGCAUUCAUGAUCAUUUUACAAUAAUACCGUGUGAAUUUGCUUAUCCAGAGUGUCAAUUCUGCAGGUGAAGUUCAUCAGUUGAGAGGGUAGAGGUUUUGAUACAUUUUAGUAGUCACGUGGCUUUCAUUUGCAAUCGAGAAUUAAGUAUUUUUUUUUCGUUCGUCGUGGAUGGGUACUCUGAACGUGCCAAGUGUCAACGUUGCACAAUGACGUGGAAUGAUCGGAAGAGACGACGUUAUCGCUGGUUCCUGAUAACGUCAGUGUUCCUCCAUCCUCUGACAGGAGAGAAAUUUUCCUUUUGUGUGAAUCUUGAAAAUUGAAGAGUAAAAGAUAACGAACGGAGUGUUGAAAAUAAACAACGCAGAAAAAAUAUAUACAGACAAACCUAUUGCUAUAAGAUGGCAAAUAGUCCAUGGAAUGUACUGGUGACGGGGGGUGCUGGUUAUAUCGGUUCUCAUACCGUUUUGGAACUUAUCGGAGAAGGCUUUCAGGUGGUGGUCAUUGAUAAUCUGGGCAAUGCUUAUAAAGGAACUGAAAGCGAUAAGCCAGAAUCUCUGAGGAGAGUGGAAAAGCUCACAAACAAAACUGUAGCAUUUGAAGAAUGUGAUAUAACGGACAAAAGUUCAAUUACCAAAGUAUUUCAAAAGUACAAAUUCCAAUGUGUCAUACACUUUGCUGCACUCAAGGCCGUUGGCGAAUCAUGCGAGAAACCUCUCGAAUAUUACAAGACGAAUGUUGGUGGUACGCUGAAUUUAUUAGAGGCAAUGAGAGACAACAAUGUUAAAAAUUUCAUAUACUCGAGCAGCGCAACUGUCUAUGGUGAUCCUGCAAAAUUGCCUAUCACUGAAGACAUGCCAACGGGAAAUUGCACAAAUCCCUAUGGAAAAACCAAAUACAUGGUCGAAGAAAUACUCAAGGAUCUCUGCAGUUCGGAUAAGUCGUGGUCUGUGAUAUCCCUAAGAUACUUUAAUCCAGUUGGGGCUCAUCUGUCAGGGGAAUUGGGAGAGGAUCCCAGUGGUAUUCCCAACAAUCUGAUGCCUUUCAUAGCUCAGGUUGCUGUUGGAAAGAGAGAAUUGCUGCAAGUUUACGGCAAUGAUUACGACACGCCUGAUGGAACUGGCGUUCGAGAUUACAUUCACAUAACAGAUCUCGCUCUCGGGCACGUGAAAGCGAUAGUUUAUCAAAAAUCUCGAGGCGCGAAUGGCUUCAAUCCUAUAAAUUUGGGAACAGGGAAAGGAAAUUCGGUUCUCGAAGUGAUACACGCUUUUGAAAAAGCCUCGGGAAAAGUGAUCCCGUUCAAAAUAGUGGCUCGUCGUCCAGGCGAUAUUUCUGCCAGUUACGCAGACGCAAGUUUAGCGAAAAAAGAACUCGACUGGACGGCUACAAAAACCAUGGAUGAUAUGUGCGCCGAUACUUGGAAUUGGCAACAAAAAAAUCCUAACGGCUUCAAACCUAAAGUAAAUUGAACAUAAAUAUUUUUUGUCUCGCCUACCAAAAGACAGACCAAAGUAACAAAGUAUUUAAUAUUUGGAUGCCAUAUUUGUUUGAUACGAGAAAAUGCAUAAUGUAAAUUAUAGAGAUGGAAAAUACAAUGACGAAGGUUUACUGGAAGCAUCGUUCGAACAAUUUCAUUGGAUUCGAACAAAAGUUUAGCUGAAUGAUUAAUGAUUUCAAUACACUUUUUGGUUUAGGUGCCAUUGAAAAAAUUCUUUAUUGCUAGUAAUUUGUAUUUGAGGUUUUCAAUUAAUUGCCAGACUCUCCUAUAGAAUAAUUGUUAACCUGAUAGUGGUUUGGAGAAUCUUUAAAAAAAAAAUCUUCGGGGCGUACCGAUGUCAUGUGUAUAUGUAAAUGGGUCCUAAGUCUUAUCGACGUGUACAAAUUUAAUAGGGCAAUAAAAAAAUACUGUUGUUAGUAUAACAACAAUA